CAAGGAAUAGAGAGGGAUUGCAAAUUCCCACACGACGCUUCUUUUUAUUUAAAUUCCCACUCCACCCGUCGAAGCCAUAUUCGAAAAUCCACACGCACAUAAAAUAAAAAGAUAGAGCACGCCCUCGUACUCCUCUCUUUGAAGAAUUUAAAAAAGAAAAAAAAGAAAAAAAGAAAAUACACCCAAACAAAGAAAGAAGAAGAAAAAGAUGGGGAGCGAGGGUGAAAUCUUGAAGAAACCCAGAGUUCUUUGCCUUCAUGGUUUCAGAACCAGCGGUGAAAUCCUUAAGAAACAGGUAGAGAAAUGGCCACAAUCUGUUCUCCAGAACUUGGAUCUUGUUUACCCAGAUGCUCCUUUUCCCGCCCAAGGCAAGUCCGAUGUUGAGGGAAUAUUCGAUCCUCCUUAUUACGAAUGGUUCCAAUUCAACAAGGAAUUUACAGAGUACACCAAUUUUGACGAGUGUCUUCAAUACAUAGAAGAUUUCAUGAUCAAGAAUGGACCUUUCGAUGGUCUCCUUGGUUUUUCUCAGGGUGCGAUAUUAUCGGGUGGGCUGCCAGGGCUUCAAGCCAAGGGUGUGGCGUUGACCAAGGUCCCCAAGAUUAAAUUCUUGAUAAUAAUAGGAGGGGCCAAGUUCAGGAAUCCUGAUGUGGCAGAGAAAGCUUAUUCGUCUCCCAUCCAAUGCCCUUCUCUCCAUUUUUUUGGAGAGACGGACUUCUUGAAGCCAUAUGGACUUGAGCUUUUGGAAUCCUGUGUGGAUCCUCAUGUGAUUAAUCAUCCCAAGGGUCAUACAGUCCCAAGGCUUGAUGAAAAGAGCUUGCCUACAAUGCAGAGCUACCUUGAAAAGAUUCAGAAGACGUUGGCCGAUAAAGAGGACUGAUAUAGACUGAUAUAUUACAUAUCAUUUCAUAGCACCAUAUUACUUGAUUAUAUAUAAUAUGAAUGGGGCAUUUUUGAAAAGCCCAAAAAUAAGAAUUUUGUAAUUUGAUUCAGCAGUUUAUAAUUUUUAUUUUUUUGUUUUAGAUUUGAGAUUCAGCGUUUAAUGAUUUGUGAUCAGAUGUAAUUUGCAUUACCAACAAGAAGAAAUAAAAUUUAUUUUCACACCUA